GGACCCCGGGCCCCCCCUCCGUGACCCCGUCUGACCCCCCCUCCAGGUGACUUCCUGCUGGUGGACCCCAUCGCCGAGGGGGCGAAGGUGAAGGCGGAGAUGGCGCUGGUGCUGCUGCGCCCCCACGUCCGCUUCCUGCAGCGCCAGGGCCUCUGGCCCGAGGCUUUCGGGGUCCCCCCGGAGCGGGCGAGCGAGCGGGAAGGGAGCGGGGAGACGGAGCUGUUCGUCAACACCAACCGGGGGGGCACCGGCGGGGACACGGAGGAGGAGGAGGAGGAGGAGGAGGAGGAGGAGGAGGAGGCCGGUGGGGACAAGGAGGCCGAGGCCGAAGGGGCGGCGCCCCAAUAAAGGACCGUGACCGGCGCCGGCCUCAAAACGGACACCUGAGUCCCCAAAACGGGGUGUCCGGCCCCAAAACGGGGUGUCCGGCCCCAAAAUGUGGUGGCCAGGCCCCAAAAUGUGGUGGCUGUACCCCAAAAGAGGGUGUUCAACCCCAAAAUGGGGUGUCUGGCCCCAAAACGGGGUGUCUGGCCCCAAAAUGGGGUGUCUGGCCC